AUGACAAUACGCCCAACUUCACGGCGAGUUUUCAACUCGGUUUACCGAUGCAUUUCAUCUUCAUCUCGUUCUUCUUCCACUGACGCUAAACCUCUUCCACUUCCUCCCGUUGUUUCCUCCCGGAGAGUAGUCGUCACCGGUUUAGGUAUGGUGACACCUCUUGGUUGUGGAGUGGAUAAAACAUGGAAGCAAUUGAUUGAUGGAAAAUGUGGGAUUAGGGCAUUGCGUUUGGAGGAUCUCAAGAUGAGUAGUUUUGAUUCCGAAACUCAGUUGACUACAUUUGAUCAACUGACUUCCAAAGUUGCUGCUAUUGUUCCCACUGGAACCAACCCCGGCCAAUUCAAUGACGAAUUUUGGCUUAAUUCUAAGGAACAUCGAUCAAUGACAAGGUUUAUAGCAUAUGCUCUAUGUGCUGCUGAUGAAGCUCUUAGAGAUUCUAAUUGGUUUCCUACUGAGCAGGAACACAAAGAAAGAACGGGGGUGUCUAUUGGUGGGGGAACUGGAAGCGUCGGUGACAUGUUAGACUCUGCACAACUGAUAUGCGAGAAGCGUCUUCGUCGAAUUAGUCCAUUUUUUAUCCCCCGGAUAUUGAUCAACAUGGCAUCAGGUCAUGUCAGCAUGAAAUAUGGGUUCCAGGGGCCAAAUCAUGCUGCAGUCACUGCUUGUGCUACUGGAUCACAUUCUAUUGGUGAUGCCAUGAGAAUGAUUCAAUUUGGGGAUGCAGAUGUUAUGGUGACUGGAGGGACUGAGUCGAGCAUUGAUGCAUUGUCAAUUGCAGGAUUCUGCAGGUCCCGAGCCUUGACUACAAAGUAUAACUCAAUGCCACAAGAAGCAUCACGGCCAUUUGACAGUGGUCGAGACGGGUUUGUGAUAGGAGAAGGUUCUGGAGUCUUGGUCUUGGAGGAACUUGAGCACGCUAAAAACCGAGGAGCCAAAAUCUAUGCAGAGAUUCGUGGCUACGGGAUGUCAGGGGAUGCAUAUCACAUUACUCAACCUCCUAAUGAUGGGAGAGGUGCCAUUCUGGCCAUGACUCGAGCUUUAAGACAGUCAGGUCUUCAUCCUUCUGAUGUAGAUUACAUAAAUGCACAUGCUACAUCUACAAAUUUGGGUGAUGCAAUAGAAGCUAAUGCUAUCAAAACCGUAUUCUCUGACCAUGCUAGCUCUUCUGCUUUAGCCUUCUCCUCCACCAAGGGGGCUAUCGGUCAUCUCCUAGGUGCUGCUGGAGCAGUUGAAGCAAUUUUUUCUGUUUUAGCAAUACGACAUGGAAUCGCUCCAUUAACUCUUAAUUUAACAAAGCCAGAUUCUGUAUUUGGUGAUGGUUUCAUGCCGUUGACUGCUUCAAAGGAGAUGCCUAUUAGAGUAGCUAUGUCAAACUCUUUUGGUUUUGGAGGAACAAAUGCCUCCCUACUUUUUGCCUACUCUGGAUCAGACUUAUAG